AGUGAGAGUGCGACAGGUGAUUAUCCGUUAAUAUAAUUAAGGUGUUAAACAACACACAUACAUUAAGAGUCAGACAGAUGGUUAGAGUUAGUGUGUCUGUUGUCCUGAAGGUUCCUACAGACAGACAGGUGGACAGACAGGUAAAGUUGUCUUACAGUAUGAGGAGGAACUGACUGACAGCUGAAGAGACGAGCUUCAGAGUCAUCUACCUGUCUAUGGACGGCGCCCUUAGCAUUUGCCUAUACUGCCUAUGCCACCUGUCUGUGAGUCCUUUUACCUGUCUGUGAGUCUGUCUAACUGUCUGUGAGUCUGUCCUACCUGUCUGUGAGUCUGUCUACAUGUCUGUGAGUCUGUCUACAUGUCUGUAAGUCUGUCCUACCUGUCUGUGAGUCUGUUCUACCUGUCUGUGAGUGUCCUGUGAGUCCGUCUACCUGUCUGUGAGUCCGUCUACCUGUCUGUGAGUCUGUUCUACCUGUCUGUGAGUCUCUUUACCUGUCUGUGAGUCUGUCUAACUGUCUGUGAGUCUGUCCUACCUGUCUGUGAGUGUUCUACCUGUCUGUGAGUGUUCUACCUGUCUGUGAGUCCGUCUAGCUGUCCGUGAGUCUGUCCUACCUGUCUGUGAGUCUGUCCUACCUCAGGUUCAGGUGUGUAUGUAGUGUAUGGAGGCAGACAGGUGAGUGAUAUCAGCCUGUAGGUUACCCAGAAUUCUUUUUGAGGAUCCUGUUGCCAUGGAGGAGCUGGUGAAACACCUGUCCAGGUGUCAGCACAUGGGCUGGAUGAAUGUGAUUGAGCUGAAGAGUGCCUCCAUCCAUUGGCUGUCAUGUGGUCGAAAGGCGGAGCCUGAUGUCUGGAAUAAAAUGUUCUGCAUCCUGUCAGAUUCUCAUUUACUGAUGCUCAACAACCUGGAGGUUCAUCCUCUGCUUCUGGCCGAGAGGGCGGAGACUUGUACUGUCUGGUUGCUAAGAUACACUCUCCAUGUGACCUCAGCGCCUCCUCGCCCCGCCCACAAAGAUGUUCCAGAGCGAGGAGUCCGUCGACAGAGCAUGCCCAGUAGCUCCACCGUGGACACGCCCACUGCCAGAGUGACGGGCUUCCUGUCCCGGAGGUUGAAGCAGUCUCUUCGUCGUACUCGCUCUCAGCCGAAACUGUCUCGUCCGAGCAGCAUGAAGUCUGACCUGAUCACUGCUGACACCAGGUGUGUGAUGCGGCGGCUGCACUGUGGUAGCCAGGAGUCAUUGCUAAGCGCCGGCUGUGUGUCGUCUCUGGAGCUCAGGAUGGACCAAUCAGUGAUCAUCAAACCAGUUCACUCCUCCCUGCUGGGACAGGACUACUGCUUCGAGGUAACGACCUCGACUGGAACAAAGUGUUUCUCCUGUCGGUCGGCAGCAGAGAGAGAUAAAUGGAUGGAGAACCUGAGGAGAGCGGUUCAUCCCAACAAAGACAACAGCAGGAGGCUGGAGAACGUUCUGACGGUGUGGGUGAUCGAAGCCAAAGACCUGCCCGCCAAGAAAAGGUAUUUCUGCGAGCUGUGUCUGGACGACAGUCUUUAUGCUCGGACGUCGUGUAAACUGAAGACUGACAACAUAUUUUGGGGCGAGCGUUUUGACUUCAGCAGUCUGCCAUCCAUCAGCGCCGUCACUCUUCACCUCUACAAAGACACCGACAGGAAGAGGAAGAAAGACAAGAGCAGCUACGUAGGAUUGGUCAACAUCCCCGUUGCCACAGUGACCGGCAGACAGCUGGUGGAGAAGUGGUAUGCAGUUAGCACGCCCAGUACCAGCAGAGGAAAGUCGUCUGUGCCGACGGUGCGAAUCAAAGCUCGCUAUCAGAGCAUCGUCAUCCUGCCGAUGGAGCAGUACAAAGAGUUUGCCGAGUACAUCAGCUCCAACUACCUGCUGCUGUGUAACACUCUGGAGGCCUCCAUCAGCCUGAGAGCUAAAGAGGAGCUGGCUGCUGCGCUCGUCCACAUCCUGCACAGCACUGGCAAGGCCAAGGACUUUCUGACGGACCUGAUGAUGUCGGAGGUGGACCGUUGCCGUGAUAACGACCAGCUGAUCUUCAGAGAGAACACGCUGGCAACGAAGAGUAUAGAGGAAUACCUGAAGCUGAUUGGACAGAAGUACCUGCAGGACGCCCUCGGUGAGUUCAUUAAAGCUCUGUAUGAGUCAGAUGAGAACUGUGAGGUCGACCCGUCUCGCUGUGCGACCUCUGACCUUGCAGAGCAUCAGGCCAACCUGAGGAUGUGCUGUGAACUUGCCUUCUGUAAGAUCCUCGACUCCUACAGGGUCUUCCCCCGGGAGCUGAAGGAGGUGUUUGCGUCAUGGCGACAGGAGUGCGGUAACCGGGGGCGGCCAGACAUUAGCGAGCGCCUCAUUAGCGCCUCGUUGUUCCUGCGCUUCCUGUGUCCGGCUGUGAUGUCACCAUCACUGUUUGACCUGAUGCAGGAAUACCCUGACGAACGCUCAGCAAGAACUUUAACCCUCAUCGCCAAGGUCAUCCAGACCCUCGCCAACUUCAGCAAGUUCGGCACUAAAGAGGAGUACAUGCUGUUUAUGAACGACUUUGUGGAGCGGCAAUGGAGCAGCAUGCAGCGUUUCCUGCAGGAGAUCUCAAACCCUGACGGACUGAACCACACCGCUGGCUUCGACGGAUACAUCGACCUCGGCCGGGAGCUCUCCACCCUGCACACCCUGCUGACCGAGCUUGACCAGUCAUGUCUGUCGAAGCUCGGUCCUCUUCCUCGGAUCCUCAGAGACGUGUCGGCAGCUCUGGCUAACCCGGGGGGUGUGGCUAAUCCCGGGGGGGUUUCCGUGUCUUCCCCAGAGCCUCAGCGUGUGGUGUCUCCGCCUCCUAUGUCCCCGCCCCCUCUGUCCCCACCCCUCUCUCCUCCUCUGGCGGCUUGUAAUCCCUCCAUCGGCCUGCAGGGAGGCGUCGGACUGGAUGGAGGUUUGGUAGAUUUCACCAGACUUCCCUCUCCGACUCCAGAGAACAAAGAUUUGUUCUUUGUCACCAAAGGAUCCAGUCUACAGCCCGCAUCAGGUCUGCAGGGCUCUCCGGCUCCGAGCUCGUCGUACUCGGAGCCCAAUGAGAACGAGGUGGGGUUUGAAAUGACCAACGGUGGCCGGAGGGAGGGGCCAGAGCUGACCAAUGAGAGCCGCAGUCUGUCCCUGGUCGACCUGCAGGACUCCUCCCCUAGCGACGGCCUUGACGACAGCCAAUGGCAGCGCAGGACCGGGCUCCUUCCCCUCUCCUUCCAGAACCCCGUGUAUCACAUGACCACCACGUCUCCACGGCAGCAGACGGACGCCACUCCCUCGGACGGCUCAGUGGGGUCACAGGGAAAUGCUGAUGACAGGAACGCCACGGCAACCAAACCCGCAUUUCUUACCCAGAUGUCUGUGGGGCUGGGAGGGGGCGAGAGAGGGGAGAGAGGGGAGAGGAUGUCGGCCAUGUCGAGUAGCAGCAGCGGCGAGGAAUACUCAAGACGGGCGCUGUCUCUGACUGAGACUCUCACAGACUCACCUGAUGAUGUCACUGUUGUUGCCUCAGGUAGCUCCGCCCCUAAUCGUCAGAACUCCUCGGGUCCUCAGAGACGCAUCGAUCAGCCCCCCCCACCCUCCUCAGCGGCACCAGGACCUCCUCGAGGUCGAACGCCUCCCAGCAUGCUUAGUGGCGGCGGAGGCUCCGCCUACCCUCCUCGCCCUGCCUCUGGCAGCAUGAUGUCAUCAAGUCCCGAUUGGCCGAGCAGCGGUCAGUCACGGCUCAGACAGACGUCGUCAUCGUCUAAAGGAGACAGCCCCGAGAAACAGCGGUCGGCUGCCAAGGCGCCCUCUCCCUGUGCUUUGGACCGGACGGCGGCCUGGCUGCUCAACAUGAAUUCUGCUUCCUCCUACGGCGAGACGGAGGACGAUCGCCACGACGAUGCCCUCAUAGAAAAGUACCAGCAGGAGAUUGCGUUGCUGCAGGAGAAGUUGCGAGUUGCGGCGCUGCGACAGGACGAGUGUGAAGCCCGACUGCUGAUCCAGGACCAGCAGAACCAGCGCAUGCUGCAGGAGUACCAGGCCCGGCUGGAGGACACAGAGAGCAGACUGAGGAGACUGCAGGACGAUAAAGACCUCCAGAUGAACAGCAUCAUCAGCAGGUUGAUGGCAGUGGAGGAGGAGCUGAAGAAGGAUCACUCUGACAUGCAGGCGGUGGUCGACUCCAAACAGAAGAUCAUAGAGGCACAGGAGAAGAGGAUUGCGAGUCUCGACGCCGCUAACAGUCGUCUGAUGGCGGCGCUGACUCAGCUGAAGGAGCGGUACGCUGUGACAUCACAGAGGAACGGGCUGUCUCCUAGCAACACGUCGUCUCUGCAGAUCACUGAGAACGGAGAGUUCCGGAACUCCGGCAACUGCUGAGCUCUGAUUGGCUCUAACGGAAGGGGAGGGGCUUAUCUGCAUGAUGUGUGAGAGGCAACAGGAGGUGGGGCUACCGUGUUAGCCACGCCCCCUAGAGUAACCCAAUCAAUACUGUUACCACAGACCUGUCAAUCAACUGUCACCUCCUACAGAGAUGGAUCUGACCUCCGAGCUCCUGUUGCUAGGUUACCCCUCAGUUCCUGUUUUUGUUUUGCAUGUUUCCUUUUUCAACAUUUUACCAAGCCUGACAUCAUAUCCUUUUUUUUUUCUUUUGGUACUCCCUGUUGAGAGCCAGACCCCACCAACAACCAGGCUGCACGUCUUUAUCCUAUUGGACCAACUCUGGUUGUAUAUGGCUCUGGUCUGAUUGAACCAACUACAGUCACAUAUGACUCUGGUCUUAAUGGACAAACCCUGUCUAUAUAUGGCUCUGGUCUUAUUGGCCAAACUCUACAGCUUUGUUGUAACUCUGACUGUAUGUGGUUCUGGUGUGACCAGCGCAACUUUGGCUGUAUAUGGUUCUGGUGUUUAGCAGUUUCUAUUUAGAUGAAAAACUUUAUUGAGAGACGACACAUGGACAGUUUGUCCGAUGGAAUAUAUUCAUAACUCUUUAUGUCUUAAAGGGACAGUCCAACUCUUUAGUCUCAGUCCAGUACACAGAGAGGGUUAGCCUAGCUUAGCACAAAGACUGGAAGCAGGGGGAAACUGUUAGCAUAGCUCCAUCAGAGCAAUCUUGGUGUGAUUGUGUUGAGCGUUUGGCCGCUCCGGGCUUCCGUAGUGGUGGAUGUGACAUUAGUUUGUGUCGUUUCAGAGAAUUCUACUGAUUUUAAUGUAAACCUCAGAUUUUAUUGUAAAACUUUAAAUUGUGAUGAUCAGUUUGUGCGCGUGCACACACACACACACACACACACACACACACACACACACACACACACACACACACACUCUCUGUGUCUGUAUUUAAACUCUUUCUGUUUUUAUUUAUCAACAUCAGUAUUUAUAAACAAAUGCUCCAAUAAACUAUUCCACUAUCA